CGAAUUUGAGGAUUUGCUCCAAUACUAAGGGGGUAGUAGGCCUACGCUAAUGUCCUUUGACACCAUUUGAUAAUAAUGUGAAAAAAGUGCAGUAUCAUUCAUUUUGUUUUUCAGACAUGAAAAUGUGGACUGUGUGUGGAUUACUUCUGAUUGUUGCCUGCAUUGUUUGUCAAGCUCAGAAUCCAUGCAACUACAAAGUUGUAUGCUACUUUCCAAACUGGUACCAGUACAAAGCCGACCCCUACAGAUACGUCCCCUCCAGCAUCGACCCGCACCUGUGCACCCACAUUCUGUACGCCUUCGCCAAGGUGACACCCGACGCUAUCAGCAUCACAAGAUAUGAACCAAACGAUGACGCAAUGAUUGCGCAAAUCCUAGCCUUGAAGAACCAGAACCCCAACUUAAAGGUGCUCCUGGCAGUCGGAGGCUGGACGCACGGCCCCGCACUGUUUUCUGCCGUGGCGGCCACCGACGGCGGCAUCGACGUGUGGGCGGGCAACGUGAUCGCCUAUCUGCGACAACGUCGUCUCGACGGCCUCGACGUCGACUGGGAGUACCCUGUGGGUCGGGGAUCGCCGGCAUCAGACAAACAACGCUUCUCGAUAUUCUUACAGCGUGUCCGGAAUGCGUUUGACGCUGAGGCGGCGAGUACCGGAAAACCAAGACUCGAACUAGCGAUCGCAGUGAAUGCCGGGAGAUAUUUCAGCGAUGUCAGCUACGAAAGAAAUAAAAUCGGCAGCUACGUGGAUUUCAUCAGCUUGAUGACGUAUGAUUUCCACGGCACCUGGGAGAGACAGGCAGGUCACCAUAGUCAACUCCACAGCUCUGUGUACGACGUCGGAGCCAACGCCGAACUAAAUAUGGAGUACGCUGUUAACUACUGGAUAUCUAUUUUAAUGAUGGUGACGGGACUGACGUUUCUGAAAGCCAAAGGACUGGGCGGGGCGAUGGUGUGGAGUUUGGCGUCCGAUGAUUUCAGCGACCAGUCGUGUGGUGCGGGCAAAUCCCCGUUAAUACGGACAAUAAAACAACAACUUUGUCCAGCGUCUGUCGGACAGACUACAGCGGCAACACCGACCACAAGGACUACCGUCGCCAUGACGCCGCCAACUACUACUGCUGUUACAUCGCCAACCUCAAGAGUAACAACAAAACCUGUUACUGUGAUAACAACAUCGCCAGCGACAACUACACAAACAGUGACACAGGAUUCAUCUGUUGCGAGUAUCGAGUCUGCCUGUGUUGGCGGGGCGUGGCCCGGAGAGUGGAUGGUCGACCCCACAGACUGCUCCAAGUUCUACAGGUGCGUCUCGUUCGGCCCCACCUUCAGGAUCAUGUACAGGUUCACGUGUCCACACCCGCAACUACUCGGCUUUGACGUUAACAAAUAUUUCUGUAACUGGAAAAUAGUGGUGCCCGCUUGCACGAAAAACUAAUGCUUGUUUUCCUUGAAGACUUUGUCUCAACAAUGAGAAGCACGGUAGUAGUGUUGAGCUUUGGAUUAUUUUAAUUAAAACAAAAUAAUGCAUGCAUAACAUUUUAAAGAUAACAAACAACACAGGCAUACACUAAAUAUGUCAUAAAUAAAUUUUAAUAUACAAGCACUGGCGCUGUUUCUGAGAGGCUUUGUCUCGACAAUGAAAAGCACGGUAGUAAUGAUGGACUUGGAAUUAUUUUAAUAAUUUGUUUUAAUGCAUGCACUAAAUUUUUAAAAUAACAAACAACACAACCAUACACUAAAUAUUUUAUUUAUAAAUUUUAUUAAACAAGCGCUGACAUUUUUAAAUGUACAUAUUUUUAAUUUUCAACAAGAACCUGGUUAAUUGUAAAUAGGUAGUGAAAAUGGUGAAUAUAAUUGAAUAUAAAUGGUGAAUAAAUGGGGCACCGGGUUUGUCCGAUGGUGCCCGAAAUAGAAA